AAAUGACAGAAUUAGAUGAAUUUGAUUCCACUCUGAAUGCAGAAUUAGAUAAAUUAUAAAAAGAAAUAGAUUCUCUAAGUAAAAAAGAAUACAAUUAAAAAAAUGCUGCAAUAAAGAAGUGUUAAGCUUAAGUUAGAAGCAUUUCAACUUUGAUUGAAAGUUAUGAAUUAGAAAUUAGUAAUCUUGAUAAAGCUCAAAGUUCUAAGUAUUUGAGUGACAUAUUUUAGAUAUAAUGACUCAUUAAGAUCAAUAAAUUAGAGAUUUUAAAGAUUGAAAUCUGAAUUGGAGUUUAAAAAAAAUGAAGGAUAAACUUAAGAGAAUUUAUUUAAAGGAAGAUCAGAAUAAUAACCUUAAAGAUUAGAAGAUAUGAAUAGAUAAUAAGUUAUUGAUAUGGGAGAUUAAUUAUAGAAGAAUGGUAUUUUAUAGAAUCAAUAAUUCAUUAGCGAUUGAUAAAUUAAAUGAUAUUACAAGAACUGUUUAAUAAGGUAAUGAAUUAGCAGAUUAAAUUAAUAUGGAAUUGGAUAAACAAAUAGCCUAAUUAGAUAGAAUGUAUGAUACUGUUAUGGAUACACAAUCUGUUUUAAAAAGAUCAGCUAAAUAUAUUAAGUAUUUUGCAAGGUUUAUAUUUAAAAUUAAUAUUUAGAUAAGUUUAUACUGAUAAACUAUUAAUGUGUUUAAUUGGUCUCAUAUUUAUAGCUAUUAUAGUUUUAAUUAUUUUAUCAGCAUUGGGAUUAGAUGAUGGCAAAUUUAAUACUCCAGAUUAAGUUAAAGGAUCUUUAGCAUCUGAUAGCAGCAAUAGUAGUACAAAUACAACCUCAACAACUGGAUCUGGAUGA